AUGAAUACUCUAAUCAAUAUUUCUUUUGUGGCUAUUAAUAUAAGCCUAAUACUAGCCAGUGACCCGGUGCCCGAACAAAUCCAUUUGUCACUGGGAGGAAAUCCGAGUGAAAUGAUGGUGACGUACACGACGUUCAAGAAAGCGGACCGAUCUAUAGUGCGAUACAACCGAUUGGGUGGACCGGCAUUUGAUGUGAACGCAGAUGUGACUCAUUUUAAAGACAUGAAAGACGAUACCAUGAAAUACGAGGCGUACAUACAUCGGGUUAAGUUAACUGGCCUACAGGCCGGUGUCACUUAUGAGUAUAAGUGUCAGACAGACGACAACUGGUCCGAUGUAUUCAAAUUCAAAGCCCUCGGCAACGACUCGGACACGCCGUUAAGUGUUGCCGUUUACGGUGAUCUGGGUCUCGAAAAUGGUGUAUCGACUCCUCAGUUGAAAAAAGAUGUUAAGAAAGGACUCUACGAUACCAUCUUUCACGUCGGUGAUAUCGCAUAUAAUUUAAAUAAAGACGGCGGAAAAGUUGGCGACGACUUUAUGAAUGAGAUUCAAGAUAUCGCUGCUAACGUUCCCUAUCAGGUGUGUCCAGGAAAUCAUGAAGACAAGAGAAAUUUCACUCAUUAUAUAAAUCGCUUUUCAAUGAUUGACUUCAAGAGUCAACGAAUGCAUAACCAUUACUAUAGCCUAGACUUGGGUUCGGCACACUUUAUAUUCUUCUCGUCUGAGCUAUACUUUUGGUCCGAUUAUUUCACUGACCAUCACCUCAAAUGGCAAUACGAAUGGCUUGAAAAUGAUUUGAAAGAUGCUAAUAAACCAGAGAACAGACAAAAGAGACCCUGGAUUAUCACACUCGCGCACAGACCCAUGUAUUGCAUUAAAGAUAACGAUGAGGAUUGCUUUGAACACGAAUCCAUUCUCCGAAAGGGUAGAAGCGGUGAUGACUUGAAGCUCGUAACCCAUUAUGGUUUGGAAGAUCUGUUUUAUAGAUAUGGAGUCGAUAUUCAAUUUUAUGGACACAAACAUAUGUACGAGAGAUCGUAUCCCAUAUACGACUCUAAAGCAUACAAAGGCACCGAUGUCUACACCAAUCCAAAGGCACCCAUUCAUAUAAUUACUGGAGUUGGGGGAACUACAGACAGACCCAGCCUAAAGAAAGAGUUGCCCGAUUGGACAGCAUUUUAUGCCCGAGACUAUGGAUAUACGCGAAUGAAUGUACAAAAUAAGACACAUAUUCUCAUUGAACAGUACUCUACUGAAAAUUACAGAUGUAAAGCCGACAACAUUUGGUCCAAUGUCUUUUCAUUCAAAGUCCACAAUCCAGAUACACCAUUAAAAGUGGCCAUUUAUGGUGAUCUAGGUCUUAAGAAUGGUGUGUCGACUCGUCAAUUGAUAAAAGAUGUCGAGAAAGGACUUUACGACACCGUAUUUCACAUCGGCGAUAUUGCAUACAAUCUGAACAGUGAUGGUGGAUCAGUUGGGGAUGACUUUAUGAAUAGCAUCCAACCGAUUGCAGCUAACGUUCCCUAUCAGGUGUGUCCGGGAAAUCAUGAGAAGAAAAGAAAUUUCACUCAUUAUAUGAAUCGCUUUUCAAUGGUUGACUUCGCGACACAGCGACUGAACAAUCAUUACUAUAGCGUAGACAUGGGUUCCGCACACUUUGUACUCUUCUCGUCUGAGCACUACUUUUAUCCCCAAUUCUUCACAGAAUCGCAUAUCAAAUGGCAAUACGAAUGGCUUGAAAACGACUUAAAGCAAGCAAACAAACCAGAGUCCAGACAAAAGAGACCCUGGAUUAUAACACUCGCACACAGACCCAUG